AGCCGCAUGCGCAGUGGAGAAAAAGUUUUUCCUCCUACCCGGCAAGAUGGCGGCUCGCUGCUCCUCGCGCUGGCUGUCAGUCGCCGCGUCCGGGGCUCGGGGUCAGCUGCUUACCGGGGUUCAGCGGUGGCCUCGGGGGGAAGGGGCUUUCCUGCUGGCUGUGAGGGCGGCGGUGACCCGGGCAUCUGCGGGAGCUUUCUUAGGACACGUCUCCCACUUCCACACAAGUUCACCAGUGUCUAACAAGGCCGACUAUUACCAGGUCCUCGGAGUGCCAAAGACUGCCAGCCAGAAAGAAAUCAAAAAGGCCUAUUACCAGCUGGCCAAAAAAUACCAUCCCGACACCAACAAAGAAGACCCUCAGGCCAAGGAGAAGUUCUCCCAGCUGGCUGAAGCCUAUGAGGUUCUCAGCGAUGAAGUAAAGCGGAAGCAGUACGAUGCAUACGGCACAGCAGAUUUUGCAGCAGGGGCUGGCGGAGGAGGGCAGCAGUACUGGAGGGGUGGCCCCACUGUUGAUCCAGAAGAACUGUUCCGUAAGAUCUUUGGGGAGUUCUCUGGGUCGCCCUUCGGUGGGGACUUCAAUAAUAUUUUCGAUCAGCCGCAGGAGUACGUCAUGGACCUUACAUUUACUCAGGCGGCCAAGGGAGUGAAUAAAGACAUAUCUGUGAGCAUCACAGACACGUGUGAGAGGUGCAACGGGAAAGGCAACGAACCGGGCACAAAACUUCAGCAUUGUAACUACUGUAAUGGCACCGGCAUGGAGACUAUAAACACAGGUCCCUUUGUCAUGCGAUCAACAUGUCGACGUUGUGGCGGUAGGGGUUCGACUAUGACGAAUCCUUGUCUAUCCUGUCGGGGUAGUGGACAGACAAAACAGAAGAAGUCGGUGACCGUGCCAGUACCUGCUGGUGUAGAAAAUGGGCAGACUGUUCGAAUGCCAGUGGGCAGGAAGGAAAUCUUUAUUACUUUUAGGGUGCAGAAGAGUCCUAUAUUUAGACGGGAAGGGGCAGAUAUCCAUUCGGAUCUUCAUGUUUCUAUUGCACAAGCGGUCUUGGGUGGUUCUGCCCGGGCACAAGGACUGUAUGAACCUAUUAAUGUUUCAAUACCAUCGGGCACACAGGCAGAUCAGAGUAUAAGAAUAAGCGGCAAAGGCAUAGCAAGAAUGAGCAGUUAUGGCUACGGAGACCACUACAUACAUAUCAAGCUAAAAGUUCCUCGGCACCUGACGGACAGACAACGGACGCUGAUGCUGAGCUUUGCUGAAGAAGAAACUGAUGUGGAGGGCACGGUGAAUGGCAUCACCAACACAACUACAGGCCGUGUACGGCAGAACUCUGCAGCUGAUGAGGAGAGGCCUGAGGCUGAGCAGGCAGGGGAAAACAAGGAGGGAUUCCUAAGCAAACUAAAGAAAAUGUUUAGUUCUUGACGGAAAGAGAUCAACAGGAAGCUAAACUAGUUUGGACUGUCCAUGGAGACGAGCAGCCUGUGGCGCCAUCACAUCUGGAGUGUGCCCCGAGUGGCAUUGAGUAGACCAGCAAGACCCCCCACUCAAGAUUUGUCACCUUCACCCCCUGUAAUUCAGGAAUAGCUCCUGUUCUGUAGAUGAAGGACUCUUCAGGACUAAUCAAAUGCUAAGCGCGUUUCAGAGACUUGAUGCCUUCCUGUAAUUCGCAUCUGUCCCCGUUCCUAAGCUACUUGAGCGACAAUGGCUUCCACAACCUGUGUGUCACCACUGUUAGUGUAUCCUAUGUGACGUCUCCAGUUCUUAUACAUAGAAUAUAUUUUACAUUUGGUCUAUGACUUUUUUUGGAUCUCAUAAUGCAAUGCAGACAUGACCGAUACAUGUGUUAUGACUGACGGUGAAUGGCGUAGAAGACGUAUUUAAUGUACAAAGUACAUUGGAAGAAGUAAGAUGCGCUCUCUAGCUAUUUAUAAUGCAUUAUAUAUGUCCCAGCACCUUAUAAUACACAUGGACAUAGACUUUAAAAGUAGGGAUAUCAGUGUUUCUCAACCAAAGUCCCUCCAGCUGUUGCAAAACUACAACUCCCAGCAUGCCCGGACAGCCGUUGGCUGUCCGGGCAUGCCGGGAGUUGUAGUUUUGCAACAGCUGGAGGCACACCAGUUGAAUAACAAUGGGAUAUCAUAUAGGUUUUAUGUUCUAUAUUGAAUGUUUAGAUUGAAGGCAGCACGUUCAAAAAGUAGCGUCUCCAGCCAGGGGAAGACACAGGCCAUGCUGAGUUAUACAGUUGCCGAGGCAACCGUAUCCCGCACAGCGAGUUCCGUGCACUAGUCCAGUUUAUCAGACAAGGACUCGUGCACAGAACUCGCUAGGCCUGCCACGGUUGCCCUUGGUAACUGUACCUCCCAGCCUGGCCUGCGCCUCCUCUUGCUGGGCCUAGAGGUCAUGCUGGCUUUGAAUUUACAUUUUAGGUAAUUCUCUUUAUAAAAUCUGUGUGAGGCCCAAGCCGUACAAUGUGUUGCGAAUAAAAUCGCUGCCUGAGAA